AUGGUACGUCCUCGGCAUGGUGGUUGGGUGUCGCCGCCUUCAGAUAUGGUCCAUUCCCUCUCUCCUCUCUUUCUCUUACCUUGUUCCCACCUUGAGAUCUGCACAGAAGGUCGCCGCCUCUUCCUCUCCUCGGCCUUGGAUUUCGUGAAUCACGAGAAAUUCAUUGUUGAACAGAUCUGGACUAGUGAUCUCGACACCAUCGAUGAAGAUCUUGGCGGCGGAGGGCGAAUCGGUGGUGGACACGGUGAUGCAUUUGUUGGGAUUAAGAGUCUCGACCUUAGUGCCGAAGGCGAGCUUGCGCCUUAUCAAGGGACAGGUUGCCGUCCAAAGGUACGGUGUAGAGCCAACAUCGAUUUCCUCGAACAUGAGAAGCCGACAUUCCCACCGACAGUGAACAUCAAAGAUCUUCACGGCUUCUUCAGAGCACUUGCAGGAGAUAUGCUCGGUGCUGACAAAGUCACGGACAUGCAGCCUCUGAUGGGAGCUGAGGAUUUCUCGUUCUACCAAGAAGUCGUCCCGGGCUACUUCUUCUUUCUUGGCAUGUACAAUGAAACCUAG